AUGGCGCCGCCGGACGUCACCGAGGUGGAGCCGCGCCUGUUCAUCGGCGCCGAGGACGCGGUCGAGGCCGCGGUCGCGGACGCCGCGCUCGGCGUGACGCAUCUCGUCAGCUUCGGAUAUCCGCCCCCGAGCUUCCCGUGGGACGACGACGACGCCGACGCCGACGCCGACGCGGUCGUGCGGACGCUCAAGGUGGAGCUCGAGGACGACGACGACGGCGACCUGCUGUCGCAGCUCCCGGACGUCCUCGCGUUCAUCUCCGACGGCCUGCGCGGCGGCGGCGCCGUCCUCGUGCACUGCCACGCCGGCGUGUCCAGAAGCGCGGCCGCGCUCGUCGCGCACCUCAUGCGCGCGCGCGAUCUCGACCCGGACGCCGCGCUCGCGCUCCUGCGCGCGAAGCACGCGCGCGCGUCGCCCAACGACGGCUUCAUCGCGCAGCUCGAGCUGUGGAACGCGAUGGACCGAAAGCUCAGCGCGUCGAGCGAGGCGUAUCGGCUGUACUCGCUCGCGAAGACGGCGCGUCGGCGAGAGCACGACGGCUACGUCGCCGCCACCGACGUCCGCCCGGAUCCGGGCGCGGCCGCGGAGGGACCGCCGGGCGUCGCCGCGGCGCCGUUCAGCGGCGUCGCGGCGACGACGCUGGUCGGCCCGAAGGACGGCGGCGGCGCGGAGGCGGGGGCGAUGAUCCGAUGCCGGCGGUGUCGGCGGCUGUUGGCGCGAGGGACCAACCGAACGCCGCACGCGCCGGGGGAGGGCGUCGACGCGUUCAGCUGGCGGAAGCGGCGGCGCGGCGGCGGUGGGGGGGGUGGAGCGGGGAUGUUGGGGGCGAGCGCGAGCGCGAGCGCGGCGCCGUCGCCGUCGUGCCAAAACAUCUUCCUCGAGCCGUUGGCGUGGAUGCGCGGCGUCGAGGACGCGAGCGUUGUGGAGAAGAAGCUGUGUUGCCCGAAGUGCGAGACGAAGGUCGGGCACUUCAACUGGUCCGGGUCGCGGUGCUCCUGCGGCGCGUGGGUCACGCCGUCGUUCUACGUGCAGUCCGGGAAGGUGGACGUCAUGCCGUACGCUACCUAG